CUCCACAACAUGAAGCCAGAUAAAAAAGAGGGCAGUGUUAGUGCUGAUACUUGGGCGUCGUGGAAGCGAGACUGGGAUAUUGCUGAGGCUAAGAAGAAGUCUGAGGUAGCACGAGCUAAUCGGAUGAGUGAGCCGUCCGGAGCUGGCACCGGACCGGUUCGACAUACCGCAGGAUCGAGAUCGGCUACGAGGCAUAAGACAGUUAUGACUGAGGAGCUCGGUCGAGAGCCCACUUUAGCUGAGUUGCAUGUACGGUUGCACCUGACCAAAGCUGAUCGGACUGUCUUCGUUGACAAGAGAUCAAAGGAUAAAAAUGACCGUUUCCAGGCAGAGCUUGCUGCAGCGACCCAGUCUUAGGCUGUUGGGGAAGGGAGUUCGUCGACUCCAGAGCCGAUCGACGAGAACGAGCUGUUUUUGUCUCUCGAGGCAAUCAAGAAGCAGCGAGUCUACGGUAUUUGUUCGGCUUCAGCAUCCUACAUCGGCCAGAGCAGCCGAUUGCGCCGCGGCGGAUCAUCCCAGUCACAGCAGCAGGCGGUCGUUAGUGAGCAGAUCGAGCAGCGCAUUGCUAGAGAGGUUGAGGAGCGACUCGAGCAGCGGAUGCGUACUGUGGAGGCGGGUUUCGACGAGCGGAUCCGUACUGAGCUUGCGCGACUGAUGACUACACUCCCACCGAAGUUACGACCGCAGUUUCCCCCACCUCCACCUCCACCGGCUGAUGACACUACUAGUUUGGGGUAGUAUAGUAUUUGGACUUGGAUUUUUAUAAUACAAUUUGCAUAUUUUGACUUAUUUAGUAUUUAUCGAAUUGUAUACUUUUUUACCGUUUAUUUAUAUAUAACGGUUUCGGUUUA